GCCCCCGCGCGCAGCCAUUGCGGGCAGGCCCGGAGCUGCGGCCCGUCCCCCCGCGCGCUGCCCGGCCCGGCGCGGCCCCCCCCCGGGGACAUGGUGUCGGGAUGGCCCGGGCCGCCGACACCUUCCCGCUGCACCGCCUCGUCUGGCACAACCGGCACCAGGCGCUGGACAGCGCCCUGCGCUCCGGAUCGCACGAUGUGGAGCUGAUGGACCCCCGUGGCCGGACCCCGCUGGAAUUGGCCGUGUCCCUCGGCCACCUGGAGUCGGCGCGGGUGCUGCUGCGGCACAACGCCAACGUGGGCCGGGAGAACGCCAACGGCUGGACAGUGCUGCAGGAGGCGGUGAGCACGGGGGACCCCGAGAUGGUGCAGCUGGUGCUCCAGUACCGCGACUACCAGCGAGCGACACGGCGGCUCGCCGGCAUCCCCGAGCUGCUCAGCAAGCUGCGUCGGGCCUCCGACUUCUACGUGGAGAUGAAGUGGGAGUUCACGAGCUGGGUGCCGCUGGUCUCCAAGGUGUGCCCCAGCGACGUCUACCGCGUCUGGAAGCGGGGCGAGAGCCUCCGGGUUGACACCACGCUGCUGGGCUUCGAGCACAUGACGUGGCAGCGGGGCCGCCGCAGCUACAUCUUCAAGGGAGAAGAGGAGGGGGCAGUGGUGAUGGAGGUGGACCACGACAAGCAGGUGGUCUACACCGAGACGCUGGCGCUGGCCUUGCAUGAGCCCGACCUGCUGCUGGCGGCCAUGCAGCCCUCAGAGGAGCACGUGGCUGGGCGGCUGACGUCGCCCAUCGUCUCCACGCACCUCGACACGAGGAACAUUGCCUUUGAGCGGAACAAGUCGGGGAUCUGGGGCUGGCGCUCGGAGAAGAUGGAGGUGGUCAGUGGCUACGAGGCCAAGGUGUACAGCGCCAGCAACGUGGAGCUGGUCACCAAGACCAGGACCGAGCACCUCUCUGACCAGGACAAGUCACGCAGCAAAGGCUCCAGGACUCCCUUUCACUCCUUCCUGGGCCUGGCGCAGCAGCAUGGCACCCACAACGGGGCACCCGUGCUGCAGGCGGCCAGCCCCACCAACCCCACGGCCAUCACCCCUGAGGAGUACUUCGACCCACACUUCGACCUGGAGGCCCGCAACAUCGGGCGCCCUAUCGAGGUGUCCAGCAAGGUGCAGAGGUUCAAGGCGACGCUGUGGCUGUGCGAGCAGCACCCGCUGUCACUGGCGGAGCAGGUGACUCCCAUCAUCGACCUGAUGGCCAUCUCCAACGCCCACUUCGCCAAGCUGCGCGACUUCAUCACCCUCAAGCUGCCCCCUGGCUUCCCCGUCAAGAUCGAGAUCCCCCUCUUCCACGUCCUCAACGCCCGCAUCACCUUCAGCAACCUCUGUGGCUGUGACCAGCCGCUGGGCUCCGUGCGGGUCUGCGCCCCCGCCCAGCCCCCCGGCGCGCAGCCCACCGGCCCUGGAGGCUGGCCCUUCCCGUGCGAGGUGGAGCCGGGGGUGUUCGAGGUGCCGCCGGGCUACACGGUGCUGGGCGCGGGGCGCAGCGAGCCCCUGCGGGACGAGGACGACGACCUGCUGCAGUUCGCCAUCCAGCAGAGCCUGCUCGACGCCGGCACCGAGACCGACCAGGUGACGGUGUGGGAGGCGCUGACCAACACGCGGCCCGGCGCCCGCCCCCCGCCCUACGACGAGGAGCUGCAGCUGGAGCGGGCGCUGCAGGAGAGCCUGCUGCUGCAGGCGGGGCCCGGCGCCGCCCCCCCGGCGGGGCCCCCACCCGGGGCAGGCGGCGGCGGCGCCCCCCCCCCGGCGCCCCCCGGCUACGGCAGCUUCGCGGAGCAGCUGCGGCUGGCCAUGGCGCUGUCGGAGCAGGAGCAGGAGGAGCGCGAGCGGCGCCGGCGGGAGGAGGACGAGGAGCUGCAGCGCAUCCUGCGCCUCUCUCUCACCGACAAGUAGCGCGGGGGGGCCCGGCCCCGGGACCCUCCUGCCCCCCGCACCCCGCCGGGCCCGGCACGGCCCCCCCGGUGCUGUGCGGUGACCCCGCGGGGCUGGGGGGUCCCUCGCGGAUGUACAUACGCUAUACAUACAGACCUACACACA